ACGUGAAACUGUUAGCCAAAUAAUAAAAGAAAUGAGCGAGAGUGGUGUGAUUGAACCAUCAGCGAGUCCAUGGAGUUCUCCGGUAGUACUUGUGAAGAAGAAGGAUGGUCAAAUGCGGUUCUGCGUAGACUACCGGAAACUAAACGAUGUGACGAAAAAGGACAGCUAUCCUCUUCCCAGGAUCGAUGACACUGUGGACUCGUUGACUGGAACAAAGUGGUUCUCAAUACUCGACCUUAAGAGCGGUUAUCGGCAAGUGGAGGUAUGUGACGAGGACAAGGAGAAGACAGCUUUCAGCGUUGGAGACGGUCUGUGGCAAUUCACGGUGAUGCCCUUUGGAUUAUGCAACGCUCCU